AUGCGUUUCACCUCCAUCAUCGUCACCGGCGCUUUCGCCGUCCUGGCCGCCGCCCAGUCUACCACCAGCACCGCCGCUUCCGCUGCCUCCUCCGCCCAGGCUGUCAUCGAGAAGUGCUUGUCUGGCUGCCCCGCCACCGACGUCAGCUGCCAGGCCAAGUGUAUCUCUGUCCCCAACCCCAACGAGGACCAGGUCAACAAGACCACAGCCUGCGUCGCCAAGUGUCCCCAGGGUGACGGGUCAGCAGACGAAACGGCAGCCUACGCGAAAUGCACACAACAGUGCAUUACUGAUAACUACUUCAGCAGCGGCGCUACUCCCGCUGCCACCGCGGGCUCUGGAUCCGGCUCCGGCUCGAGCGGCAGCGCGACUGCUGCCACCGCUACGGGUUCCGCCGCCACUGGCUCCGCCUCGGGCACUGCUACCCGCGCUUCCGGUUCAUCUGCUGCCUCCGGCACCGAGGCUGCCUCCAGCUCAUCAUCUACCGCCAACGCUGCUCCCGCUCUUGCUGGCUCUGCUUCCUUCGGUAUUGUCGGUCUCAUCGGCGCUGCUCUCCUUAUCUAA